AGGAAGUUGAAUUUUGGUGCGUAAAUGGUAGUGUGAAAUUGACUUGUUAUCAAACCUCAUACAAUUACAAUACCUCUCUAAACCAGCAAAAUUCACCUUCUUCAAUCUUCAUCUUCUUCUUCCACACUCUUCCAUUUUCAACUUCGCUACUCUCUCUUUGUUGCUCCAUCCUCACUCUUCUAAUCUGUCUCUGUUGCUUCUCAGAACAACCCAUUUCCCUUUCCUUCCAUCUAAUUCCUUUGAAACCCCAUUUCCAAUAAAUCUCUCACCAUACAACUACUUCCCCUUACGACACCUUAACCUUCUUCUUUGACCAAAUUUGACUUCUUUAUAUUUUACUCACUUUUACUUCUUUUCUAGUUGCACCACCUUUUUCUUCCAAUCAACUAUGGGUAUUUCGAAAUUCAGUUUUUUAGGGUUUCUUUCUGUUGCUUUUCUCUCUUCAAUUGAUGCUGUGGAUUUGCACAGGAAUCAACCUACUGAAAGAAUUUCAGGUAGCGCUGGUGAUGUAUUGGAAGAUGAUCCGGUUGGAAGGCUGAAGGUUUUUGUUUAUGAACUUCCAAGUAAAUAUAAUAAGAAAAUUCUGCAAAAGGACCCAAGAUGCCUCACCCAUAUGUUUGCUGCUGAGAUCUUUAUGCACCGGUUUCUCUUAUCUAGUGCUGUCCGAACCCUUAAUCCUGAAGAGGCUGAUUGGUUUUAUACUCCUGUCUACACAACCUGUGAUUUGACACCAAAUGGCCUCCCUUUACCCUUUAAAUCACCACGGAUGAUGAGGAGUGCCAUACAACUUAUUUCUUCAAACUGGCCCUAUUGGAACCGAACAGAGGGGGCGGAUCAUUUCUUUGUGGUUCCUCAUGACUUUGGGGCAUGUUUUCACUACCAAGAAGAGAAGGCAAUUGAAAGAGGGAUUCUUCCACUGCUGCAGCGUGCUACCUUGGUUCAAACAUUUGGUCAGAGAAAUCACGUUUGCUUGAAAGAGGGCUCAAUUACCGUUCCUCCAUACGCUCCACCACAGAAAAUGCAUUCCCACCUAAUUCCUGAUAAGACUCCCAGGUCUAUUUUUGUAUACUUCCGAGGACUGUUUUAUGAUGUUGGAAAUGACCCUGAAGGUGGAUAUUAUGCAAGAGGUGCAAGAGCAGCAGUAUGGGAGAACUUUAAGGACAAUCCACUAUUUGACAUUUCUACUGAGCACCCAACAACAUAUUACGAGGACAUGCAACGAGCUGUUUUUUGUCUAUGUCCACUUGGAUGGGCCCCUUGGAGCCCAAGAUUGGUUGAAGCUGUGGUAUUUGGUUGCAUCCCUGUUAUUAUUGCAGAUGAUAUUGUUCUGCCGUUUGCCGACGCAAUACCAUGGGAAGAUAUUGGGGUGUUUGUUGAUGAGCAGGAUGUUCCUAAAUUGGAUACCAUACUCACAUCGAUCCCACCAGAAGUUAUAUUAAGGAAACAGAGAUUGCUUGCUAACCCUUCCAUGAAACAAGCAAUGCUAUUCCCUCAACCUCCUCAAGCCGGUGACGCUUUCCAUCAAGUUCUAAAUGGACUUGCGCGGAAGUUGCCACAUGACAGGAGUGUAUUCUUGAAACCAGGGAAGAAAAGCUUGAAUUGGACUGCUGGCCCUGUCGGUGACCUUAAACCUUGGUAACAGUUGUCGUAGUUUUCUUAGGUGAUUAGGAUAAUUUUACAUGGUCUUGGUCUAUCCUCCCUAAAUGUUCAUAAAAAUAAGGCUGGGUAAAUAGGUGUCUAUUUUUUUUUCUUCUUUUUUUUGACAUUGUAAAUUUUGAUAUUUUGGCACACAAUUCAUUAGAUACUAUAAUCUAACUCGUAGCAUGAUUGCUCUAUAGCAUGCUUUCAAAA